UCGUCUGCUUGCGUCUCCCCACCUUUUUUGUUGUUUCCAUAAAGACAUCUUCUGAGCGAAAAGGAAAUCCUUGAUAUUAACGUAUUCGUGUGUCAUUAUGUCGGAAACCAAGCCUGGUGUGUCUUUUGCCUUUAGUUCAAAAAAGAAACAUGAUAACGUGAAAUUAACUCAGUCGAAACUAUUGGAUACGACUCAAGAAACUCGCGAAGAGACUGAUUUCGUCAAAACUGUCGAGCACAACAAAAUCAAUGGAUCCAUCAAAAAAGCACCCAAAAAGGAACUGGUUAUUCCUCUUAUAACAAAGAAUCGGUGGAGGACCCCUGGCAGUGAUACCAAAACCGAGAACACAGAAGCAUCAGACUUGGACAAGCAAGCCGAAAAAGAAAUCCUGCAAGAAACACUGAAGGCUGUUGAUGGCUGGGAGAACAGAGGCAAUGGCGUACCCUCCAACAUUGAUAUCCCCCUAUUUAUGCAAAAUCGUGUUCCAUCUGGCUUUGAAACAGAUGAAAAAGUAGAUGUUUCCCUCCGUGCAGAUCAGUCCACACUUGAUGAUUAUGAAGCGAUCCCAGUGGAAGCCUAUGGAAUGGCCAUGUUGAGAGGAAUGGGUUGGAAAGCCUCAGAGGGUAUCGGUCUCUCUAGAAAAGGAGUGGCUGCUCCCAUGGAGGUGAAACUUAGGCCUAAAGGACUUGGUCUUGGGGCUGACCGUACUGUUUUAGAAAAUGCAGCUAAAGCUUUAACAAAGCCAAAAGAAGGCGAAGAAGAGCUCAAAGUGAUUAUCGGUGCAAAUGUACAGUUGCUCAGCGGGAAACAUCAAGGUUUAUAUGGACAAGUUCUUAGCAUGGACGCAAACACUGGUCGUGCUCUGGUGCGGAUGGCUGUCGGAAGCAACGAAUUGGAAAUGAGCGAGCUCUUUCUGAAACCAGUUUCUGCUAAAGAAUAUCGUGAUUCCGCCAGGAUUCUGAACAAGGAAAAAUACGACGAGUACAAAACGAAACAGGACAAGGAGCGAAACGAGAAGGAAAGAAAUGAUCGCGAGAGCAGAAAGAAACGGAAGCAUAGUCCUAGCCAUCGUAGUCGUCGGAGUGGCAGUCGGGAGCGCCGUGAUGAGAAGAAAGAAUCUCGUUCUAAAAAUCGGUCGUCGAAAGGUUCUGACGAGAAACGAGAACCUUGGCUUCACCCACUCUUGCGAGUCCGCUGCGUCGAUUCUUCAUUCAAGGACGGCCAAUUCUACAAACAGAAAAUGGUUGUGGUGGACGUGAUUUCCAAGAAUCAUUGCAUUUGCAAAGCCGAAAACGGGAAACUUUUGGAAAACGUCAACAUUUCUAAAUUGGAAACUGUCAUUCCGCGUAGCGAUCCCGCUUACGUCAUGGUCGUCAAGGGCAAACGAAAAGGACAGGUCUGCCAAGUGAUUGAAAGGGACAAGGAACGAUACACGGCCACCGUCCAGAUUCUACCGGAUCGCGAUGAAGUUUUCCAACUAGACUACGACGACAUUUGCGAAUACACGGGAGAUGUGCGCAACUUGUAAUCACAAAAUAACUCGACUUGGUUUUUAAAUAAAAACAAAUGUGCUAUUCGUGUUUAAU